AUGAUUUUUGAAGAGGAAUUAAAGAUAUCUACACAUAAAAAACAAUCCCAACAGUUAAUUUCAGCAGCUUUGAAGAAAAAACGGCUUUACAGGUGUAAAAUAAUGUUAGCUGAGAUCAAGCGUGCCGUUCACAAUGUGCUUGUCUGGUCCGACGAGAUCUUCACUGUCGAGACAGUUACCAGCAGUCAGAAUGACAGGCUUUAUGCACGUAAUGCAGAAAACUUGCCCGAAGGUAGCAGUAGCCAUUUACGCCGUCAGAAGCCAUCUCUACUCAUAGUGUGGGCUGCAGUUGAAUCUGUUGCGGCCAAGUGUCCUUUGAACUUCACCGAUUUUGGCGUCAAGGUCAACAGUGAAGUUUAUGUGGAAAUGUUGGGUCAGAAAUGUUACCCUGGGUCACAUAAACCUUUGGUAACCGUUUCAUCUUCACUUUAG